AUGUGUUUUCAUUUUCGUUGUUUUGUGAGUAAUUGUAUAAGUAUAUUCAUCUCUACAUUUGUAAAAAUAUGCUUUCAUCCAUAUCAUACAGGAUAUUUUUGCCUAAUAACAUUCACGUAUUCAUUCAAAUUUACGUCGAUACAGAGUUGCUUUAAUAGAUCUUUAAUUUUGAUACAUGUUUUACAGGCAUACAUGUUUCACAGCCACACAUGCUUCACAGGCAUAUAUGCUUCACAUGCAUACAUGUUUCAGAGUCAUAUAUGCAUCCAUCACACAUAUACACCGAACAUAUACACCGAACAUAUACAGCGAACAUAUACAUCACACAUAUUCAUGACGUGCAUAUAUGCAUAUAUAUUUAAGUACAUUGUUAUUAAUAUAUUCAUUUUAGCCAAAGUACCCAUUUUGAAGUAUACGCCUAGGUAUACAUAUAAAAUUUUGAUCCUCAGUACAUGGAUUUCUAAUCAUUUAUUUCAUGUGUACUACACAUUAUUAUUUCAUGGCACUAAAUUUUUGUUUACACAAGCCGUAUAUGUAUGUAUAAAUAUAUAUAUAUAUAUAUAUAUAUAUAUAUAUAUAUAUAUAAAACCUUUUGUAACUUUAUAA